AAUCCGCACAGGCAUGGUCGGCGACUAGUACACGUUCGCCUCAGUUCCCCGAUUGUUUGUUCAGUGACAUUCCGCCGCUCGGUUUUCUUUGCUACUUUGCGUCAGAACAGUGUCUGCGCUGCAGCUGCGGUCCCCGACGCCCAAGACGUGGCAUGAUGUCGCAACGGAAAGCCAGGAAAUCUGCCUCCUUGUGCAUCCCUCAUCACAUUUCGUACCCCGAGACAUGGACCUAUUCCAGGGCCAAGGAGAAUCAUUAUAUAUGCGAAACAAGGCCCCGUCGAAUUCGAACCCCAGCUCCUCGACCAAGUCAGAGUGUAUGUCUGUUGAGUCUGCUGCGCUGAGUCGAUCUCAGUCUCGCCCAGCCACAGCAUGAAGUUGUCACAGCGCGUCGGAAGUCUUAUGAAGACUCUUCUACUCGACAGUUCACAGGAAAGCAGCAGGAGCCAACUUACAGAACUUACAGAAAAGUCAAGCCAACUGAUGCCCGACCCCUACCUCGAACGCGAACCAACGGCAUCGGAAUGGCUUGCGUCGCUGGUUCCGACCAAGGAGGGCGCGCACCGCUAUCUUCGAAGUCUCUUCCCCUCAAUCGGCUGGAUACCUCGCUAUAACUGGCAUUGGCUGCUGGCCGAUUGCAUAGCAGGUAUCACAGUUGGCUUGGUCGUGAUUCCUCAGGCCAUGGCCUACGCUCUUCUGGCCACCUUGACCCCUGACUUCGGUUUGUACACUUCAUUCGCAGGAGCGGCAAUCUAUUGGCUAUUUGGCACAUCCAAAGAUAUCGUUAUCGGCACAACCGCGGUCGGGUCGCUUCUCGUGGGAAACGUGAUUUCUGACAUUCAGGAGUCGCACCCUGGCGCCUAUACUCGUGUCGAGAUUGCAAAAACGCUGUCCUUCAUGGCUGGAGCUAUUCUGCUGGCAAUCGGCCUUUUUCGACUGGGAUGGAUCGUUGAGGUCAUUCCAUAUAUACCAAUUUCAGCUUUUAUAACAGCAGCCAGCAUCACGAUCAUGUCGACACAAUUUCCAGUCAUGAUGGGCAUUCCUGGAAUCAACACUCGAGAAUCGCCUUACAAAGUGAUUAUCAAUUCUCUGCAGAAUCUUGGACACACUCAUUCUGAUGCUGCCAUCGGUGUCUCUUGUCUCAUAUUGUUGGAUGUGAUUAGGAGAGUUUGCGCGAAGCUGGAAGUCCGGCAGCCCUCCCGGAAGCGCUUAUGGGUAACAAUUUCGUCUUUGAGACUGUCUUUUGCCAUGCUACUCUAUACCUUCAUCAGCUGGCUUGUACAUCGCAGUAUGCCGAAGGGUGAGAGUAAAUUUCGGAUCGUGGGACACAUCGACAAAGGUUUCAAGCAUGCUGGAGUACCUCGAUUUGAUGCAGAACUACUUGGUCUCGUCCUCCCUCAAGCUCCUAUCAUAAUGCUGAUACUCGUCAUCGAGCACAUUGCCAUUGCGAAGAAUUUUGGCAAGCAGUUCGGCUAUCAGGUUAUUCCUUCGCAGGAGAUCAUGGCUCAGGGUACGGCAAACCUGCUGGGACCUUUUGUGGGUGGCUACGCAUGUACUGGCUCUUUCGGUGCGUCGGCCGUCCUUGUCAAAGCUGGGGUCAAGACUCCUCUGGCAGGUGUAUUCAGCGCGCUUGUUCUCUUGCUGGCCCUCUAUGCGCUGACAGCCGUGUUCUACUACAUACCCAGAGCCGCCCUCGCUGGCCUCAUCAUUCACGCCGUGCUGAACCUGGUGGCAUCUCCCAAAACUUGCUAUAAGUACUGGCGGAUUUCCCCUUUCGAAUUUAUGAUCUGGACCGUUGGCGUCAUUGUUGCCAUCUUUACUGGGCUGGAAACCUCUAUUUAUAUCACGAUCGGUCUCUCUUUAUUCCUGCUGCUCGUUCGAAUUGCUCGCACACCGGGACAAUUUCUUGGUCGUGUACCAGUCCAGGAAGUCACAUUCGAUGUCAACGAUCAUGGAGAUGAGCGGGCUGAGAGACCUCGACAAGAUCACUCUGACAGAGAGGUUCGGGAUGCCUACAUCCCGGCCAAUCGCAAGGACGCCUCUAACCCAGAGAUAGUGGUACAAUCUCCCUAUCCUGGGGUAUUCGUGUAUCGAUUUCCAGAGGGGUUCAAUUAUCUCAACCAGACAUUACAGCUCAGCAAUCUCACUAGCUAUGUCCGGAGGCGCACUCGACGCAUGACAAAACGAGAUGAUGUCAGAUCACACCAGCUUCUUUGGUGA